UAGAUUUAAAUUCGACCCUCCAUAACCAUACAAAAAUUUUCAACCUAAAACUCCAAAUUUGGAGAGAUUUUGCAUAUGAUAAUACAUUGCCUUUUACAUAUAUUACCCCACUAAAUAGAAAUCAAUGCAAUAUAAGUAGCUAGAGAGAAUACUUUUCCUCAAUCAUUCACAUAAAAAAGAAAGCAAUGGCAGCCUUUGACAACGCAUCACCACGCAUAUAUAGUAUUGAUUUUAGCUCCAACGUCAUUGUUUUGAUUAUCCAAUUUAGUUCUAAGAUAAUUUGUACAAUUUGAAGUUGUAUCACAAUAUUAAAAGUACAAAUUGGAGUUAUAUCAUAAGGAGAUUUGUACAAGCAGUGGCGUAGUAAGAUUUUGGAUGGAAUGGAGUCUUCAAAUAUUUCGAAUUGAUUAGAGUCCUUACAUGAGAUGGUAUCGCGCGAAAGUAUGAUGUCCUAUAUUUCAAGAAUCAUACUUAAACACAUAUAUUUAAAAGGUUUUUAGUACCCUAUUUUUUGCUAAGCGGGGUCCUAGGACCCCUCACCUCAAGCUCUCCCUCCGCCACUCUAUACAAGAGAGUAUAUGUACAACCUGAAGUUGUACCAUAACGUAAAAGGUACAACUCCAAGUUAUACAACACAAAAAAAGGGGGUAAAUACAAUUUAAUAUCCAAACCUUUUAUUUUAAACAAUAUAAUAGCCAAACCUUUUCGAAAACAAUCUAAUAUCCAAAUCGUCAACUUUUUGUCUGUUUGACCGUUAGUUGACACUUCAAAAAAGUUCGAAGUACGACACUUCAUCAAUAUUCAUCGAUAUCUUCUCUGAAAAACCACCAACAUAUCGUAGUUCCAAACACGAUAAGUCUAUGACUCCACCAUGAUGGUAUGGAAUAUCUAAAUAUUCAGUCAUCUGCAAUGCCAAAACAAGAAAACAAAGUUAUAUUGUGACAAUUUCCCCUAAACAAAGCUCUUUUGAAGUGUCAACUAACGGUCAAACAGAUAAAAAGUUGACGAUUUUGAUAUUAGAUUGUUUUCGAAAAGGUUUGGCUAUUAUAUUGUUUAAAAUGAAAUGUUUGGUUAUUAAAUUGUAUUUAAAAAAAAACUAAGCACCAAUACUUUAAAAGUAUUGUAAAAUUCUUCAACAUUGAUUAUUAGUAACAAAAAGGUGUAAUUAUACCCAAAAUUAAACUUUAUGAACCCUAAUUAUUAGUACCAACUCUUCUCUCUCUCCAUAUCACUAAAUUUGCUAAGCUCGUUAACUCUCCUUUUCACCAAACCAUUAAACUCACCUUCACCAAAUUUCCUUCCUUUAUCUUUCUUCCAUCCAAUCCUCUUAUAUAUAUCCCAAUAGUUCCUCCUACUCAACCUUCCAUUCCAAUCCCACUUCUUCUUCCCCAACACACUAAACAACACAAAGAAAGUAGAGGAAUCAUGGCUUCUUCAAGUCAUAGCACCUCUCUCUUCUUCUUCUUCGCCUGCACAGUGGCUGCUUCCUUCUGCUUCCACUCCUCCAUGGCCAGAAGCUUCGACGUCGGAGGUAAAGAGGGUUGGGUCGUCAAGCCUUCCGAGUCCUACGAUCACUGGGCUCAGCGUCUCCGCUUCUUAGUCAACGACACCCUCGUGUUCAAGUACAAGAAAGGAUCGGACUCAGUGGCGCAGGUGACGAAAGGGGAUUACGACAGCUGCGACGCCAGCAAGAAGCUCAAGGUGAUGAAAUCGGGGACCUCAAUCUUCAAGCUCACACAAUCGGGACACUUCUACUUCAUCAGCGCCAACAAGCAGCAGUGUCUCGCCGGCCAGAAGCUCAACGUCCUCGUCCUCGCCGUCCGAUCUCCCCCCUCAUCGGCGGCGACACCCAAAACUCCGCCACCGCCGACACCCAUUAUUGCACCGGUUCUGCCUCCAACCGCAUCCCCGCCGCCGCCAAGCCCCGCCGCCGGGACUCCCCAACUGGCCCCACAGCCAUCUGCCGAUUCUUCUCCUCCUCCUCCCGCCGGCGCUCCAGCUGCUUCCGGGAACUCGCCUGCCGGGCAGCCGGCGGUGUCACCCGACACCGCUAACCAGACGGCGGCUAAGAGUUCUUCUUCUUCUUCUUCGGCGGCAGUGGCGUCGCUGGCUUUGGUGGCUGUUGGAUUGGGAUUCAUAUCGCUGUUCAUGUGAUCUAUCAUCAUCUUCCUAUAAAUCGAGUUAACGGUAGAUUAGUGAUUGUGUUUCUUUUUUCUUUUCGCUUCUCCUUUAAUUAUUAUAUUGGGUGUUUGAUGUGGAUUUGAUUAUUGAUGGGGUUUGUAAUUUGUAUUUGGGAUUUGUUCAACUUGGUCAUUUGUGUGAGACAUAUUUCUUGAUCAUUUACAUUAUCGUUUUUUUUUUAUUAUUGUUACCUUAUUUAAAAAUUCGACUUUUAAUGUAGUUGAUAUUGUAUUCUUCACUGCGGGCAUAUACGUGGACGAUACAGAAACACUAUAUAAUCAAUGGUCAAAUAUAUGUGGAGGGUAAAUGUCAUAUUUGGUUAUCUGAGAUUACUAAAUCGUGUCAUGUUUA